GUUAUCUCACAAGAUCAUCGCGGAUAUUUUAAAUAUUCCUCGAGAUGCGCCCGCGCACAUUGACUGGUGACCGAUGGAAACAUGAGGCUGUGGGUCCUGCUGUGUGUGGCGGUUCUCUGGGACUCUGCCUCGCCCCAACCGACAAAAAGCACAGACAAUGCCGACCGCGAGUGCUGUCCGUGCCCCAAAGACUCUGCUGUGGCCAGCAGCAAUGCGCGUGAGUCAAUCGACUGGGACCAAUCCGCUGCGUCGAGUGUUGCGCGCGCAGACUGCCCAUGUAUGGGCAUGGGAAGAAGCGCCGAUUCUGAUGGCGCACCGUCUGCGUUCUUGCCAGCUGCUGUGCGUGCGAUCAGGCCUUUUGUGAGCUUGGACGACUCAAAAGAAGAACCAAAGCCUCUCCUGCACCCAGAAGUGGAUCUAGCGUCGUCAGUAUUGGACACUCUUCGGGAAGCAACGGAUGAAGAGUACGAGGAAGCCUUAGCAAGGGACGCAGCUCGAGCCGCCUCAGAUGACGGUAUUGCAGCAGAAUCAGCCCCCAACCUGGUAACUGUCAUCUUUAACCCUAAUGAUUCAUCUCAUGAUGACGUCAUCCCAGAAGCAUCCACUGCUCACGAGGCUAGAUGCAUCAGUCCUUUAGGUAGACCAAAUCUUAGUCUUAGAACUUCAGCGCACGAUCCAGAUAUUUUGACAGAUAUAUUGGGACUGCCUAAAAGAAAACCAUCAGCUCUGAGAGCAUGGAACUUAUUUGAUAUGGAUAGUGGUGUAGGAGCUAGUAAUGUAAACGAACAAGUAGUCAAACCCAAUUUUAAAGAAUCAGAAGCAGAGAUUAUUAAAUCUCCUUUGAUUAAAUUUUCCAAUGAUAAAUCGCAGAGACCGCUCACUCAAAACGUUCCUACUUUAUUUAAAAACACAGACAAUGAUUUGAGUUCUACAAUUCUAGAUAAACUCAGAGAGUCUAAGAUAGCUGUACCUAAAAUUCAAAUACCGGAUCUCUCGCAAAUAUUUUCAAGGAAGGACGCUUAUAAUGCUUUCAGAAAGGCAGGAGAUAAUGAACUUGCUGCUAACACAAUUGAUACUGACAGUCGCAAUUCACCAAGUGCAUUCAAACUUAAGAUACCACACAUCUCAACACUGAUUCCCAACAUUGACUCUACAAGUAGAGCUAAUGAUUUUGUAAAUGAGAACCGCAAUUCUGUGGAUACAACGAAAUUUGAUCUCCCAAACAUUGCAAAAUUGAUACCUAAGAUAGACUCAUCUAGUCUGCGAACAACAAACAACGAUGGUCUCAGUAAUUCAGGCAUUCAGGGAUCAGAAAGUAUUUUGAAACUUCAAUUACCAAAAUUAAAAGCAAGUGUUGGAAGGAAUCAAAAAUUAUCUGAUGAUUCAUUUGAUUCUGAUAGUUCCAAUUCAGCCAGUACCAUACAAGAGCGAUACUCAAGCUUUUCUAAAUUAAACACAGACACGAGAAAUACUAAUGAAGAUAACAGCGUUUACACCAAUUAUUUAAAAAUGCCCGCAGUGAAACAAAUAAACAUAAAACAAAUGGAAAAUGUCGAUGAUGAAGACAACACUCCAAAAAAGAAAACAGGAUUUAAUCUUAAGUUGCCCGAUUUGAAUUUAGCAUCCACAAAUUCUCGCGACGCAGCUACAGAUUUACUUAAUAAUAUUAUUAAAGGACUACAGAUUCCAAAUCUAAAUAACAUAAUACCAUCCGAUAUGUUUAAAUCGCAAACCAAUGACCUGACUUCAAAAUCAACGGUCCAAAAAGAGGUUCCUGUUAAUCUUUUUGAAACUGAAAUACUGGAUACGGUUCCUGGUGCCUCUGAAAAACAAACCACGCAAGUUAACGAACUACAAAAAGAAAGAGAUGAUGAUAUUCGCAAAAUAAUAAAUGAAGAAUUAAAAAGUGAAGUCGAGAACUUGCCAAUGAAAACUGAAAUACUUGACAGUUUACCAAAGUCUUCAGAAGUAUCUGAAAUUGAUGAUAAUAAAGAUCCUGAAGCAGCUAACGUGAUUGGAUGUACUACAGGUGAUUUAAUCAAUGCUGCUUCUGAACCAAGCCCAAAGAGUUUAUCUAAUGAUGAAGAGACCUCAGAACUUAUUAAUGAAAUAGAGUCAAUGAAUGAAGAUAACAUUGAUGAUGGGAUAAGCGAUGGAGUAAUGGAUAGAGAAAAUGUUUUUGAGGAUGCAGAGGAUUAUUUUGAUGAGGCUAGAGGUUCUGAGAAGACUAUCGAAUUGCCGAGAUUAAGCGGAGUCAAAAAGUCACAAAUGAACCAAGCCCAAUCUGAAAGUCAAAACAAAGAUGUAAAAAUGAGUAGACAAGACUUAGACAGCGAAAAAUCUGAUGAAAAUGUUGAUCAAGUGAAUAUUGACGAUUUACAGCAGAUGUCAGAUUCUUUGUUGAACCAAGAAAAUGAAAAUGUGCAAAAAGAAGCUGCCGUGGAACAAAACGAUAUCCCUGAUAUAAUUAACAAUGAGUCGUCUGAAGUGAAUAAUAUCCAAAAAACAGACAAUGAAGUGUUAGAAUCAAAUAAUAUGAAUAAAGCUGACAGUUCUUGUAUUGUUACUCCAGAUAAAAAUAGCGGAUUAGAUAUGAAAUCUGACUCUAACAACAAUGAAAUGACAGUGGGAGCGAGUGAAAGAGUAGCUAAUAUUGUGAGACCAAAUCUUGCCUCACCUCUGGGUCAAAGUAUAAUUGUACAACCUACGUUAUUCCCGUCGAAUUUGGAUUUAUUUAACAGACCAACACUUGAUUUAAACAAUUUGAUUAAUAAUCCGCUACCCUCGUUUAAAAUACCAAAUCUUUUAAAAGCAAGUGAAGAUAGUAAAACGAAACUAUUUUCACCUAGCGAUGAUAGUAUUGAAGACAUCUUAAAACCAGAUAGUUGGCCAGCUCCAGGGACUUCCAGUUUGAGAUCAAGUUUACCAUCUCUACAGCCCCUGGAAGAUCUCAAUUUAGAUAUACUGCAAUUAAAACCAUUGAGUUCAGAUAUGCCUGAUUUACCAGGAUUGAAUUUGAAUUCUUUCAAGACGAGACUGGCUCUGCCAAAAUCGUUGGAUUUGAAGCCUGUGUUACUGGAGUCAUCAGUAGGCAAUAAAAAGGGGGUGAUCGGUGCUACGCUUACUCUAGGCUCUGGCAAAGACAUUGAUCGUUCCAAUUUGCUACAAGAAGCCAGUUCCUCGUUAAAGACCCCUAGUAUCCUCGGACAACCGCUAAGCACUUUACCUAGCUUUGAAGAUUUACAUGAAAGUUUCUUGGAGAAAACUCAGAACUUACUAAGCACUCCUUUACGGACAACAGGGAGAAACGUCGUUGAAGACACAUUCCGUUCUAGUCAAGUUCUAACUGAUAAUUUGCGAGUUCAAGCUGAAAAUACAGUAAAAGAUAUCCAGGAGAAUUUGCAGUCAGCUUUAAGAGUACCAGGAUUGCCAAGUCCAAGUUUAGGCUCAUUCAGAAGUUCAGAUGAUCUAUUGGAAGAGAUAUCAAGAAGACACGAAGACGUCAAUGAUAAGUUGAAGGGAAUAUCUGUAGAUCUAUCUGAUCGUUUAGAGUCAUUCCGAGAUAAUCUUCUUGAUCAGUAUAGGAUCCCGUCUUUAGGUUCCAGUCUACUAGGUGAAAGUAGAUUAUCUCCACUCAGCUUGGAUUUCCCCAAACAAAGCAGUACUUUUAGAUCAAAACCGAGUAAAACUACCUUGAAGUUUUCUAAUAAAGGAAAGUUUGUCACCCCAGCAAGUAAAAGUAAAAGUUCAUCAAGGACGGCCGCAAAUAAAAACAAACUGAAAGCAGCGUCCAGUAUCGUAGCUCCGAAAGCAAUAGAAAUUCCUAAAUUAAGAACAGCACCAAAAGAAACAAAUCUCCUCAAAACACUUCGGAAAGAAACUACUUUAAAGACACCACAGUUUCUUUCCAGAGACAGGCCGACUUUAGGUUUGUUACAACCAGAAAAGAAUUUGAUUGAUUUUGACAGGCCUCUUAUGAAACCUAGAUUGGGCCAAAGUAAGGUCAAAAUAUCAUUUUCGACAACGCCCUUGCCACCGGUUUUGAAGAACAAGCCAUCUUUUAGAGCCAAUUCGAAACUAAAAGCCAAACCUUCGUUUAAAGAUUCUCUACCAUUAUCUAGAAGCGCAUCAAAGGAUAAAAAAGUUUUAGGAUCAAAAUUGAGUUCAUUGAGCGAUUCUGGUGGAUUUGCAAGCGAAAAUGUACCUUCAAGAGUUAAAGCACCAGGCAGCUUAAGGUCUGCAGUAGAAUCAGAUGCUAUUCCAAAAUCAAUAUCAACGAGCACUGCAAAACCAGUUAUCAGUCUCUUACUUCCUAAACCCAAAUCUUUAGGUAAAUCGUCUAGUGAUCCUGAAUUAGGGUCGUCAGCAUUAAAAUCGAAGUCUUUAGUCUCUGAUCUAGCAGUUCCAAAAACAGAGAGCAUUCUAAGAAGUAGCGAUGCCCCUCGACUUCCAGCCUUAUCAUGGCCUAAGAAACUAGACGAUGAGUUCUUGAGUAAAGUGAGAGAAGCACUAAGGGCUAGGUUAGCAGAUAUUGGCAAAAAACCCGUCAAUAUAGUUGACUCCAAAUUGACUACUGAGCCUCCUACUGAUGUUGACAUGGCAAGAUCAGCGUCGAAUAACGUUGAAGUAACCGACUUACAGACGAUGAAGGAAAAUACCGCGUAUACCUGUAAGAUGAUGUGUACUAAAAAUACGUAAAUUGAUAUUCGUUUUAUUAAAAAACAUCACAAAUUGUUGACUAUCGUACUUAAUUAAGGCUGAGUUGCACCACCUAACUUUGACCGUAACUAUAACGAUAACCGGCGUUUUUUGUAUGCAGUUUGACAGAUUUUUGACGUUUGUCAAAGUUAAAGUAUGAUGGUGCAAUCCAGCCUAAAAGAUGUAACACUGAGGAGAUAGUAACACGAAAGUAGAAAAUUCAAGACCCUUGAAUACUUACUGAACUGAUACGAGUAUUUAAUUGUAUCAAACUGAAUAUUUAUUGUACAAAAACGGUAAUGCUAAUUAAUCUAGGUAGUCCUUUAAGAUGGCCCUUGUAUUGUAAACACGAAGAAUAUACGAAUGAAGGCACCAGUUGGCGCCACUAGCGAGUAAGGUCCUAUCAGUAAGCCAGCGCAAGUGGUGCCAAUUGGUGUUUGUAAAUACGAUAGAUAUUCUUAU